CCAUCUCCCUUUUCCAAAUUUCUUCAGAGUUCAAUUCAUUCGUCUAUCAAACAGAGUUCCGCGUUCACCUGGUUUUGAAUCAAGUCCACAAUGAAAGGAAAAAGGUUUUCAUUGAAUCCAUAUGUUCCACUCUCUAAAUGGAAUGCAGAAAAAGAUUCCAAGAAUCAUGAUGAUGAGGCACAUCCUCAACCUCAGCACCUUCUUCAAUCGAAGGCUAAAAACAUGCCUCAGUCUUUGCAGAAUGUGUCAGAAUGGGAAGUGCAACAAGCUGACCUGGAACUUGGAUAUCUAAAGUCGGCAUUUCUUGAUUCUGCUAAACAGUCCCUUAGUGAUGCAUACUCGGCAAACAAUUCUGAUCUGGAUAAUUCAAUUGACUUGCUCCACCACUUUGAUGAUGAGAUUAAUGAUGAUAAGUUUUCUGUGAGACACUGAAUAUUGGGAAUGUUCCAGAAUCUGUACCAGCAGCUGAUUCUGCUUCUCCCAACCCGAAUAAUACAGCAUCUAAAGCUGGUGCUUCGUCAAAUCUUGCAUAAGUUUAAAAGUGAAUAAAUUUGCAACUCACAUUAGUGCAUAAGUCUAAAAAUAGGGAAGGUUACAUUGGACAACACACAUACAUGGUUCGUUUUUUGUGUUUUAUUAUAUAGUUCUAAGCUAGCUGCGCCUUAUUUUGCUUAUGGUCUGAACUCUGAAGUGUGCCAUUAAUUGUGCAGCUUUCACUUGUCUGAAAUGGUGGAAGACCAAAAAAGAUACACUGUAAAAGGAAAAAAGAAAACCAAAUGAAAUGAUUUUUGCUUGGGAUUUGUAACUGCAAUGAAGAUAUAUUCACCUCUAUCAA